UGCCACAAUGGGCGUAUAUUAGAGAGAGAGAUCGAGGUGUCAACUACUGGCGCACGUUAGAUAGAUGAAUGUCUUGUAGUUUUUUAUUCAGGAGAAAGUAAUAAUCAAGACGAAGAAGAAGUUCACCCUAUCUCCUAUCUCCUAUCUCCUAUCUCUUUCAUCUUCUCCGAUCUCGUCGUUUGCUUCCGAUCUCUUUGGAUUCCUCUUUUCCGUACGUCGUUGCUCGGCUAAUUGAUUUGUACACAUAGGGUCAUUGUUAUCUUCGCUUGUGAUGAUGAUGCGGACUGUCUCUCUACCACUCUCUCAUCAUAAGAUCCAUCAAGCUUCUGGAUACCAUAAUAGUAUUGCUUGUAAAAAUCGUGUGUAUUUAACACAGACACGUCUUUCAUCAUUUUCCACGAGACGAGACGUUUGGAGUCUUCAGCUUUUCGAGACCUUGCGUGGGUUCAAAGCCCCUGUAUCAUCUUGUAGUAAUGCAUUCGUUUGCCGAGCAGCUCUCUUUCCAGGGGGUGGAAGCCACGGCCCCAUUGUUAAAUCAACUGCACUAGUACUCACAAGUGUGCACACGCAUCACAUGUUCUUGCUUACAACCCAAAAGAUCUCAUAUUUGAAUAAGGGGAGUAGGAUAUACAUUCCGUGUUUGGUCUGUCUUUCAAAUACAUUUUCUAUAUAAUGCCAUCUUACCUCAAAUUUCGUCAUUGAUAGUAGGGCAUGUGAUGCUUUACAUGGAAAUCCUCAUUUAAUGAAACUACUUUCAGCAGUUGCGAUUCUUGCAUUUGGUACAUGGGGAAUUAGGCCCCUCAUGGGCUUAACCAGAGCUACCUUGUUUGAGGGAAAUGAUGCAAAUUCACAAAAGAGCAGCACACAAUACAUUGUUGUGUCAUAUCUUCAGCCUUUGCUGCUUUGGAGUGGAGCACUCCUUUUCUGCAGAACAUUGGACCCAGUAGUAUUGUCUUCAAGUGCCAGCCAAGCUGUUAAAACUCGCUUUCUUAGCUUUGCGCAGUCCAUGUCAACAGUGUUGGCAUUUGCCUGCUGUUUAUCAAGCCUACUUCAGCAGGUGCAGAAAUUUUUUAUGGAGACAAAUAAUCCAGCCGAUACCAGAAAUAUGGGUUUCAGUUUUGCUGGGAAAGCUGUUUACACUGCUGCGUGGGUCGCUGCUGCUUCAUUGUUUAUGGAGCUUUUGGGUUUCUCUACCCAAAAAUGGCUAACAGCUGGAGGUCUGGGGACAGUACUGCUUACUCUCGCUGGUCGUGAGAUACUUACUAACUUUCUUUCAAGCAUUAUGAUUCAUGCUACACGGCCCUUUGUUCUGAAUGAGUGGAUCCAGACCAAGAUAGGAGGCUAUGAAGUUUCUGGCACAGUAGAGCACGUUGGCUGGUGGUCACCUACGAUUAUCAGAGGUGAUGACCGUGAAGCGGUUCAUAUUCCUAACCACCAGUUCAGUGUUAACAUUGUGAGGAAUCUAACUCAAAGGACACAUUGGCGCAUCAAAACACAUCUUGCCAUCAGCCAUCUUGAUGUCAGCAAAACUAAUAGUAUUGUGGCUGAUAUGCGCAAGGUGUUGUCCAAAAAUCCUCAAAUCGAGCAACAAAAAAUACACAGAAGAGUCUUUUUGGAGGAUGUAGAUCCAGAGAACCAAGCCCUUAGGAUUCUCAUAUCCUGUUUUGUGAAGACUUCACGUUUUGAAGAGUACCUUUGUGUUAAGGAAGAAGUUCUCUUGGACCUUCUUAGAGUUAUCAGGCAUCAUGGCGCACGUCUAGCAACCCCAAUUCGCACAGUUCAGAGGAUGCGUAAUGAGACUGAGGUAGACAGUGCAGGAUUUUCAGACAUAGUUUUCAAUCAAGCGGCUAUGAACCGUCGACUCAUGUUGAUUGAGCCAUCCUACAAAAUCAAUGGCGAUGAUAAUGCCAAGUCCUCCCGUCCUAAGUCAUCAGAGCAGAAAGGUGAAGAAAAAGACCCUGAAGGAGAAGCAACAGACUCCAAGGCUGAAACAGAAAACAACGGAUCAAACACUAAAAAGGAGAAACCGAAAGUAAGUAUUGAUUCCAACUCUAGUACAGGCAAUAAAGGUCUGAGAACCGCAUCAUCGGACCAGCCUGUAGAACACAAAUCAGAAGAGAAGAAGAAAGAGAGUGCAAGAGAACGUUUCUGAUGGCGAAGGUGCAAGAGAGCAGACACUGAAACCAAAAGCAAGACAAGGGACCGAAAAGAGCAAGGGAGAUGAGAAUGCUAGAGAUGUUCGUGGAUCUGGUACAAGUUCUUCGUUAGAGGAAAAUAUUGUUCUCGGUGUUGCUUUGGAUGGCUCAAAACGUACACUCCCGAUUGAUGAAGAACUCGAGGCAUCUAGUUCGUUAAUGGAGUCCUAAGAACUUGGUGUUGGAUCAGAAUUAGUGAAUGAAAAGAGGUAUAAAUAAAAUAGUGUUCCAAGCAAUUUAGUACAUUUGUAUAAAGUAACAAUUGGAAAUGAAGAAAUGAGCCAUUUCAUCUGUGUAAAUUAUAUCAGUGACUCAAACUCUAAAGGUAAUUUGUUUUGGAUA